AUGGCUGCGUCGGAAGCUAGCUUGGUCGAUUUCUGGAGGAAGUUCUUUCAGGGUGCACACAGAGAUAUUUUCACUGUUAUCGAGAAGGCAAUCACGGUUGCCUCUUUGGAUCGUCCAGAUGAGUUCAAGAGAAACAAGUUAAGAAUCAUAGAGGCACUCUUCUCGUAUGGAAUGAAGAAUGGCAGCAGCGGUAGGUGCAUCGGGUCUGAUAGCAUGCAGUCUGAAGUGGUAGCAGAGCGAGAUUGUAAUGAAAAGAAGAUCAUAGAAAGCAACGUAAGUUGUAGUACCAACAAUGGCAGCAACGAUCAAACAGAAGAAGUGGUUAAACCGAAGAAGAUCGAAGGAGAUGACAAGACAGAUGAGAUUGCAGAAGUUUUGAGGAUCAAAGUGGCUGUUAAUUACAAUGGUCACCCGGAUGAGAAGUCACUGUUGGAGACGCUAGGAAGACUUCAAGGAAUGGAGUUAUCUUUCCAGACUCUCAAGGCAACGGAGAUUGGAACGGCUGUGAAUGAAAUCAGGAAGCAGACCAAAUCCAAGAAAGUACGUAAAGUGGCACGGGCUAUCAUCGAAAGGUGGAGAGCAACAGUUGAUCAAUGGCUGGAGAAAGAGAACAAAGCUUUAUCGUCAGUUUCUACCCAGGCUACUAUGUCUUCAAUUGAAUUUGAGGCUACUCAAAGCGAUGAACGUACAAAGAUGCAGCAGGGACCGACGAUUACUACUUACACUGUCUGUGAGAAAAGUGAAACCACCAAGAGAAACCUUCAGGAUGCAUACCAACGAUCUGAGAAUGCCAAGAAGCAGCGCUGCAUAAAGUUUUUGGAGUUGCAGAAACUUCCCAAGAAGCCCCUGCCUCGUGGGGCCAUAUAG